CUCGUUGGUUGCCCAGGCGGUGAGGCCCGCCCGAGGUUUGAGCCGGGCAAGCGAAAUUAUUGAAUUCUUCAUUGGAAACAAAAAUUAAACAAUGGAUGGUCCUAUCAGGGUCCGAAGCAGUCAAAGGAAGGCUAGAGUACCAGUGAAAAAGAGCUUUAGUGAAUGUGCACUGCCUCCCAUGAAGGCAUUGUUGCAAAGUCAAAAAGAAUUAUGCACAGUGUCAACAGAAGAGUUGAAGGAGGAGCAAGACAAUUUCAAUGAGGUCACAUUUCUGUGUUUUGCUGAUGAGACAACUGUUGCUCCUAAGGAAUUGGCGGCUAUGUCUAUAGAACUCCCAGAUCUUCUGAAAUCGCUCCACCUGUGCAGUUUACAUGAAAAUGAAGUUAUUUUUCUAAAAGACCUACAUAAACCAUUGGAAACUAGUGAUGUUCUUAAAGAAAAGAAUUACUCUUCACGAAUACUAUGUGUGAUGAGAUUGUCUCCUUCAUUUCCAAGGCUCAGAAUUGAUUCCGUUUUUUCUUUGCUGAGUAAAUAUGCUGCUGGUAUAAGAUGUUCCAUGGAAAUGUACCCAUUGCAGAAGCACCUAACAGACAUGCCCCACACGGAGGAUGAUGAUACUAAUCAGUCAGUGUCAUCAAUUGAGGAUGAUUUCGUUACUGCUUUAGAGCAUUUAGAUGAAGAUGAGCCGACAAAGAUGAUAAACUCUGGCCAAGUUAUACCCGAGAAACAUCAAGAUGCUACUUCACAGACCAUCUCUGCUCAUCGUUUAGAAUCUAUUGAUCCAAACAUCGUUGUUAAUUCUCUGCAUCCAAAGCGAUCUGUCAGGUCAUCGGCUUCUCUCAUUAACAUCUUGGAACUUAAAGAAUUGUCAUCUUCUGUAAGAAAUUCAGUCACAACUUGUAUUUCUGAUCCUUGGAUACAAAGGAGUUUCUUCAGGCCACAUAAUUCCUCUGAACACAGUGUUAGUCUUCUACACAAAACAUUAUUUUCUGCCUCUCCUGCUGAGUCUUCAGAGUCAGAUUGCUCUAGCCCAAGCCCUGUUAUUUUCUUAGAUGAAGAAGGGUAUCAAAAAAGCUUGAAGGCAAAGCUUCAGCUACCAAAAAUCCCAGUAAUGAAAGAUGGUAUAGAAGAUUCAGACUCUGAAGUAAGUGAAUUUUUUGAUAGUUUUGACCAAUUUGAUGAACAAGAACAAACUCUGGAAAGCAGUUCUAAACGUAUUAGGGAUCCCAUCCCAGGUAAUCCAUCCCAAAAGAAAAUGAUUUCAUAUAAAAGGUCAUGCUUUGCGACAACUGCAAUGAAUCCUCAGAAGUUCAAGUUUGAUCGUCCAACUCUUCCAGCCAAUGUAAGGAAACCAACUCCUCGCAAACCAGAAUCUCCAUAUAGUAACCUUUUGGAUGUUCCAGAUUCCCCCCGUCCAGUGAAAACAUCAGGAGAUGAUAGUGGAGGCUUGUUCAGCCCUAUUAGAUCAUCAGCUUUCAGUCCAUUGGGCAGUUGCUUGUCAGCAGAAUGUGUUUGUCGAUCAGGUAUCAACAGAGAUGCCAUUAAACAAAAUCACAAUCUAGUUUGUCACACUUAUUCAGAUUUUGCAAAUAAUAUUUCUGUUGAAAUUCUGGGUUCUGUCUUUAAUUCUAGGUCUUCGUUAUGUAGAUGUAUAGAGGAAGUUUCCAACAAUAAUAGGAUUGUCUUAAAAGAAGAGAAAGAUCAGACUGCAAAAACUAAAGGGGAAAUUUCUGGAAAAGGACUAGAUAAGAAAAGUAAAUCUAAAUGCAAAUCGCUAAUGAUUAAAGACCAUAUCCAGAAAUUUGCAUCGGAGCUUGUUGAGAAGAGUUUGGGCAGUGCUUUUAAAGACCUCCAGAAAGGCGUUUCUUCAUGUACUAAUGCACUCUGUCACUUGGCUGCUAAACUGACCUCUUCAGUCUUUCAAAUGGCUUUUUAUGAGAUUGGGCAGCAGCAAGCCUUUUCACUGAAGAAGAAAGCUAUUAAUGGACUAGCAGGCUUUUUGGUGAGUGAAGCAAUAACAGGUGCUUUAAAAGAGCUGCACUCUGUAAAACAACAAAUAUUUACCAAUACAGUUGCAAAAUUUGCAGCAAAUCUUGCUGAAGAGCUGAUUUUUGAGGGGAUCAUGGAAGUAUGUCAGUUUUCACACCCAUCCACUCCAACAGCUUCUCAGAACUGCUCCUUCCAAUACAAUGAUAAAGUUGUACGGUCAUAUGCCAAAGACUUGUCUGAGUCAGUUAUUCAAGAAGCUUUUAUUGAGUUAUCACAGGUUGAUGUGAUGUUUACAACACAAGCAGCAAUUAGUAUUUCCAUGGACAAUGUAAAGUAUGUAAGUGCAGAAAGUAUGCUGGAGUCAACACAGACCUCCCACGCUUCCUCUGAGUUUCAUGAUAAAGUUCCAGUAGCUUUGAAUCCAAUGCAGGAAUUCAGAAAGGAAUUUACUGUGCACAAAGCCUUGUUCUAUACUUCUGGCAUUGCAAGCUCAAUCCCAGUGCCCUUAGCUGGAAGCAUACUUUGUCCAAAUCAGAUUUUAUCUGAUAGCACAAAGAUAAGGAACCAUUCGGAAUCAGAUGAAAGUCUGAAAUUGUACAAAGAUUCUACAGAACCAUGUUAUACAACAAAAAAGAGACAAAGUGAAGUAACGUCGGUUAGAAAUAUUUACCUGACAACAGAUAACAGACCAGAAACUGAAUGUAAUGGACACAAUUUAUGUACGCAAAGUGACUUUAAACAAGCAAAUAAAACUGAAGCAAAUAAAUUUUCAGACUUAACAACUGGGAUGCCAAGCAUCAAUAAUUUUUCAGGAACGAUGGUAGAUAUGAUAGUAACGGAGGCAUAUGAAACCGUUACCUUUUCUAAAGCUGCUAAAUCUGCAGACCAAUAUACGGAUAUGUUAAAAAUUGAGAAAAUGCCAUAUUUGCAGUGCAUUGGUGAAGAUACUUGUAAGAAUAUGUUUGCUAAUUAUUUGGCCAAGCGAACAGUAAAACAGUCUGUAGAUGAAACCAAAUCUGCAUGUUCUGCUACAAGUGAGAAAUUAGCAUACUGUGUGGGAUUGGGAACUAAUACAAAAAGUAAUAGGAAAGAAUUACAUAGUGCAGUACAACAAUCUGAAAAAAACAAGAGCAUUCCAGUAAUUGUAGGGCAACAGCAGAUGCCCCUGAACAGCUCAUCUAAAUUUCAUGUAAGUCCUGUUUAUUCUAAUAGGUGUUCGCUUUCAGCAUCUAAAGAAAAGAGACAUGUCGCUUCCAGGACACCUACAUGCACAUCCCCUCCUUGUUCUGCAGUCACUUUUGUAAAGUGUAUUGAAGAGUUUUCAGAUCGAGAAAGUUCAACAAAAUGCUUAAGUAAUCCACUGGAAAAACACAACAUGUACAAAGCACCAGGAUGCUCUAUAUUUUAUCCUGAAAGAGCUCUUCUCGAUGUGAACACCUUUACUUCUGUGGUGUCCAACUGUGAAGACGCUUUUCAAAUGGAAGAUAAAUCAAGCAUCAGAGAUGGAAAUCUUCACAUAGUACCAGACACACCACCCCCAACACCUUUAAUACACCCCCAGGCUAGUUCUGAAUGGAAUUUAAAAAAGUUAACAAAGAAACUUAAAGGGGAACUAGCAAAGGAGUUUGCACCUGCUACGCCCCCUUCUACACCUUACAGAUCAGAAACAGAUGGAGUAUAUGAAAAUGUAUAUCGUGACCUAGAAAAGGAUGAGUUUAUGCUGAAACUAAUGCGGUCUCUUUCGGAAGAGGUUGAAAGCAGUGAAGAUGAAGAGCAUUCUGAAACACUGUCAGAAAGUGUUAAAACAAUAGAAUAUGCAGAUCAUCUAGCCUCUGGUAUAAUCUCUAUGGCAACUGAAAUGGCUGCUUUACAGUUAGAUGAUAAAGCUGUUCAAAUGGAGAAUUGUAAAUACCUUCAAGUAAAUGUGGAAAACCAAAGAUAUACUGCAUUUCUGAAUGUUCCAGAAAAAAACUUACAUUCAUUGUGGGCUUAUGCUGGUGAUAUGGCUGGAAAGAUUAUUAGUGAAGCUAAGAAAAUGGUAAAAUCAAGGCAUUGUAAGCUUCUGAGGCUGAAACAAGUUAAUUACCAGACUGAUGGCUUUCAUCUUAAAAGAAAUUAUCAUGAAUCUUGGUCAAAAGAAAGGAAGUAUUCCUUGACAGACCAGUGGUCUAGAGAGACAGACUCCUUUAUACUUCCUUUACCCCAGAAUUCAGAAGCUCCAGGCCUCACCUCCAAAUAUCCAAGUUGUGAGAGUGUAACUGAUGAAUAUGCAGAUCACAUCAUUCAGAUUCUGAAAAGAGAAGGUGGCCAUAAUGAACUAAUAAUGGAUCAAUUUGCCAGUAGACUUGCUUACAGAUCUAUAAAAUAUGGUAUGCAGCAAGCUGCCAGGAAACUCAAGAUGAAAUAUAAUAGAAAAAUAGCUUCUGCUCAGAACUCGAAGUUAAACAGUAAGCUUGAGCUAUUUGAGAUAGUAAACAAAGGAACGGAUAAAAAGAAACAGAAAAAAGGUAACAUUCAGCAAUUUGGAAAGCAAGCCUGUGGAAACAAAUGCCACACACAUAGAACUGAGUUUACAAAGUUAUUAGAUUUCUCAGAAUCUCUUGCUUGUAGGAUAACAUCUGAUGUCAGAAGAAAAUUAAUGUCAGCGGCUUGCUUACCAAAAUCCUUAACUGAUUCCUGUUUGUAUGAAAAAUCUAAGGGUGAUAAAUUCAUUGAUCUUAAAACGUUUUCUAAAACGCAUCCUCCUUUCUAUUGCAAACAAAAGCUAUAUCAUAGCACAGGCAGCUUAAAUGAUUACCCCCACAGAGAUGGCAUUAUUCAUGCCAUAGAACAAUAUGCUAGGAAGGUAGUAGAUGACACUUUAGAAGUAAACUUGGAAUGUCCUAAUCGUCAAACUACUGAAAACUGGACAAAUGGAGAUAGAUCGACAUAUGCAGAAAAGUUAUCUCCAUUUUCUGCAACUGCCUGCAGAUAUUGCAGUAUGAAGGAACAUCAGUACUGUACUGGAAGCUCAUCUUUGCAGCUGACUGGACAAGAACUCCACUCUAAAGUUCAACAGAUUCCAAAUUCAGGUGUCAGUGGCAUCUGUCGAAAAUCUUGCGUCCUUCACCUGGAUAUUCCUAAAAUUCAUAUUGAUAUGGAUGAGAAGGUAAUAUUUGCUGAAAAUGUGGUUGCUACAGCGUUUGACAAAGCAGGGAGGCAGCUUAGUAAUGCAAGUUUGACAGCCGAUAGUGGAAUUGGCCAGGAUGGAGUCAGCUUUGCUGAAAGCCUUACCACAGAAAUCAUGACUUCCUGCAUGACAAACAUUGGUCCAGCUGUCAACAUAAGUUCCAUGGGAAAAGAGGGUUUUAAUUCUGCCGAAUCCAUAAUCAGCCAGCAAGUGAGUCUGAGCACCGGUGAUGACAGCACUGGCAGCUGGUCCAAUUUGAGUUUUGAAGAUGAGCAUCCAGAUGAAAACAGCAGCUUUCUCCACCUCAGUGAUAGUAAUGGUAACAGCAGUAGCUGGAGCAGUCUUGGUUUAGAAGGAGAUAUGUAUGAGGAGAAUUUAUCCUUUCCAACAUCAGACAGUGAUGGAGCAGAAGAUAAAAAUGAAGACGUUAAGGAUACCACUGAAGGGUUGGCAAGUACAGGAAAGGCAUUGGUAAUCGUAAAUGUCGACAUAGGACCAUGCAUGGUGGAUUCCCAGCUGAGAACGACACUGCAGUGGUUGACGGCUUCAGAAGCAGAGGUGGCUGAACUUCAUUUUCAUGAUGGUGCUCCAAAGGAAUUUCUUCUUCUUUCAAAGAAAUUGCAAGAGAGAGGCUGGAAAGUGGGAGACCUCUUCCAAGUCGUGCUGAAGUACUGUGAAGUAAUGGAGAAGGCUAUUGAUGGGGAGAGAGCUCUGGAAAGCAAAACGUUUUUUGGGUGGCUUCAGGAACACGUCUGAAUAGCGACGUGCUCUUUCCUUUAUCUCAUGCCUCCUUUGGAAGGAUGGAAAUGUGUAUCAUACCCUUCAAGUAGCAAAUGUACUGUUGUUUGCAUAGUGAGAAACUUUUGGAGUGAAAGUAAAUGUAGCUUUGUGAUGCGCUAUAUGCUUUUUAAUCCAAUGCAUAUCUCCAUAAUCAGUAACUCCAUUCAUUCUGUUCACUUGAACUUACAGUAUGCUGUGUUCAGCCUAUUGCAGCGGUGAGAAGAAUGAAUUUUUCUAUCAUGUGCGUUAAUGAAGGUUUUUAACCAAGCCAGGACAAACGUUGUACCACCUCAGUCUAGCACAUUUCUCCCUCUUUUCCCAGUUUUUUUUUUUUUUUUUUUGUAACAAGGAAGUAUUCAGCGAACACGGAGUUCACUGAUAGUUUGCCGUUGGCACUUUCAGUAGAGUAAGAUGGGUGCAAAAGCUCUAUCGUUUGUCCUUUCUCUUCUGCUUCUAAGGAGCUUAAAGCAAUUCAAGGUGAACAUGAAAGCAGAAUAGGACCAAAUGGGGUUGGGGUGUUGUUGCUUUUAAGGGGCAGAGAGGGUCCCAAUUGAUGUACACCACAGAGAGUCUAAUCACUCUGGCCUGUGAAACAGUGAAUGCUCUUUCUUCACUACUGGAGGUUGGUGGAACGUUGUGUUUCUUAUAAAUUAAUUUCUCGUAUUGGUUAUAGCUGUGGACAUGCAUGCCAGAAGCAUGUUCUAAAGAGCUCCAGUGUUGUGAUGUCUUAUUUAGGAUUCUUUAGCAAAAGUUCUCCAAGAACAGGUCUCUGUAUUUAAAUAAAAUGCAUUUGUUCUCUUCCUAUGUGAACUGAAUAUGCCCAAACGGGGCUGAUUUUUAAUGGGCCCCAGUGAAAUUUGCCAGUAGUACAAGUAUUAUUAGACCACCAGCAGCUGGACACUUUAUAAGGUGGAGUCAGGAAUCAUAUCUGAUUUUUUUAUCUCCAAAAUACUGUUCCAGGACCAACGUUUCAUCUUUUUAAAGUAAGUUUUUAUUUGGGCCAUUUUCUGUAAACAACUUUGUAUUUAAGUAGAUUGAGAACACAGAAAUUAAGAAACUUUGUCAAUGUGAGACACAUUAGCAUUUCACAGCUAUUUUAGUGAACUUAUUUUGGGAGUGGGAUCAUACAUUUCAAAAAAUGCAGGUUCCUCAACACUGCCGUCCGAGUAAAGCGGAACACGUUUGUAGCUGUGUACAACAGAAAUGAAGAGCUCUCUCUGCUGGGCCCUCUGACCAUAUCAGCGCUUGAUUACUGGGGCAGCCACCACCUUGUGUCUGGUCCUUAUCAGCUGAAGGGCAGCCCUGCAGCACACAGAAGACACUUUAGUUUGUUUGCUCACAGUAGAGAUAGAAGUGCUGAUGCCAGUCUGGAAGCAAAAUGCUCAGGUCUCCCCUAGGACUUCAGCUUAAUUCAGCUUACAGCAUUUGAAGUACAAGUGCACUCUCGGUUUGUCAUUGAAUAUCUCUACUUUAAAUAUUGUUUUGGGUUGCAGGGUGUAGUUUUUGAUCACUGAAUUCACUUUAGUUUUGAGCCACCUUUGUACAUGCCUGUUAUAGCUGGAGCUGUAUUGAAGACAGUUGUUUUUCUGUUGUAAGUUUUGGAUAUUAUUUAAUCCUACACUUUUUUUGAUUAGUUGGAAAUGCAGUUGAUUCGGUUAGUUAUGCAGAGUUAAGGUAAUACACAGCCUGACUUAAUCUUGAGCUAAUCUAUUUGAAAGGAACUUCCUUGGGAUUAAGUCUGUGGAAGUUACUUCCAAGUAAAUCUGUUUAGAUUUAUAGUACCAGCUGGCCGCUGAUAAAGAUAAAUCAUGAGUAGUGGUGUACACUACUAAACCCUAAGGCCUUUAUUUGAAGUACAAACAAAUUGUCUUUAUUCUUUAAGCACCUAGCUGUGUACUGUGCAAUCAGGUCCCAUCACGGGGACUGUGGUUACUUGGUACAUGGUAAAUAGUUACAUAUGAAGGUGGCUGGGGCAUUAGUUCUUGCACUCCCCCUCCCCCAGGUAACAUUGCAUUGUUAGAUGAAGCCUAACGGUUUCUUUCCCACAUCCUUAGUAUGACAGGGAUCCUGAGGAAAGUAGAAAUUCACCAGGUGUGGCUUUCCAUGGCAUAGAGAUGUAGGAUUGACUUCUUUGCCUGUUGAAUUGCUGCCUGGAAUGCAGGUUGAAGGCACAGAAGUCCUGUUUGGGAAGGAUAAAGCUAGAAGCACUUACUGUGAACAGCUAGGGAAAGAAUAAUAAAAAAAACUUGUUGGUUUCCUUGUCAGACUCUGAGCCCUGGUACACUUAAGUGGCCCACUUACCUCCAAGCUGUUGAAUAGACAUGUGUCUCUAUGAGCCCAGCUGCCCAGAAGUGGGGAUUAAGGAGCUUCUGGAGCAUGGGCCCCUAUGAAGGGCAGCUUGGGCAAAGAAACGUUCAGCCUUUGCUCUCCGGGAUUCUUCUCAGAGUUUGGUGUGCUGGGAAGGGUCUACACCUUCAGGUCUAAACCACCUCUAAGCGCCCGUGCUGGGAUUCAAGGGAAGGUCAAGGCUCUGGUCCUAUUCAAGUCUGAACAGCAAAUCCAGAAGUAAAUGGUUUAAGCUUUGCAACUGCACCGCACUUUGGUUAGCGCUGUUGGAUUGCUUUGUUAUGCUUUUCCUAUAUGGCAAGCGAAGAACAUGGUGUCAUACUUGCAUUCCCAGUAUAUAUAGACACAGCAAAAUACAUGUGUGAGUGAUGUGUGUAAACUACGCACAGUUUUCAUGCUUCUUCCUAACCCUGUUCAGGAACUGCGUAACAGUCAGAGUGGCCCUUAGUGUGACAGUUACAAACAUAAAAGCAGUUUGAAUAAUUAUAAUUGUUUAGAUAUACCUGUAGUAAAUGAGGCUGACGUGAAGGUCUUUCACUGUGCAAUGGUGACAUUUUGUUGUUUUUAGAUACAGCUAGUUACAAGAUGUGAAUUUCAGGUUGCACUAAACUUGUCUUUGUUUUAGCAGUAUCUUAAAAUAAAUUGUAUAUAAACAAAAUUA